AUGUGCUCUCUUACUAGCAAGACGAAUCUUAUCAUCUCCGAUAAGUUGAAAGUUUCUAAUAAAAUAGGUACUAAGGCAUCUAAUGAAGCUGAUGCAAUUACAAUCAGAGAAAAUCAUACCAUUACACCCGGAGAGAUUGGCAUUAACUCUCUCAAUAUGAUAGAUUUCAAUUAUUCUGCCAAAAUGGUGAUGAUCAAUAUCAAUACCCUCAAUGAACAUGAUAUAUUACCCUUUUUAUGGACUCUUCUUAGAAAGCCACUUGAUAAGAAUCUACUUAUGUGGCUUGGGGAGAAAGGAGCUAUAUUUUAUCAUUACGAAAUUAAAGUCACAAAUAACGAAUUUGAUCAAUUAAUUCUGCAUAAAUAUAUUGCAAAAGAUGGUACAUUACAUCAACUUGAGAUGUUGUUUGGUUAUUUCUGGGAUUUUUAUGAUCCAAAAAUAGUAAAUGAGGCUCUGAAAUAUGCAAAAGGCAAAAAGCAAUCAUGUCUUAAGAAAUUAAGUAAAAAAUUUGAUGAAAGGAAGUUGAAACUUAAAGAUCAUCUUGAUGAAUUAGUCAUACCUUUGUUAUCAA